AUGUUGGAAAAACGUACAGAUACAGUGCUGCCUGCCCCUGUAUCCCAUUCCCAUGAGAAGGGGAUUUUAUUUCGUAUGCCGACAGCCUGGCUGCGUCGGCGCAAGACCAUGAUGGUCCUAUUGGCCAUGUUGACCCUGACAUGCUUCUGGUUCUGGAUGCAUACAGCCCCUUGGAUGUCUGUCUCCUCUUCGUCCAAACGCGCCCCUAUUGACCCAGAUAUUCGCAAACUCUUACGUGAGGUGCCCGGCGCUAUCCCAGGCAAAACGCCGAAACGCACAGACGUGGGCCGUCAAGGCAUGCCAUAUCCCUCCAAAGAGGAGUUGACGAUGCUCCUGAUCGAACAGAUGCAGGAUCCAGAGUUCCGCGUCGAUCAUGGCGUUUGGAACGAGUGGCGGCAUUGGCUCAAGGAUGGGGCUACAUGGCCCGACGAUGCGCACAUCCAAUUUCUUACACAGCUCAAGCAAGUGUCCUCGAGUGGCCUUGACGAUCUUCGGCUGUACCUCGAGUCGCCCAUUGGAUGGGAAAUGAAGCAUUUGCAUGUGGCGCCCUUGACGGUCUUUUCCAAGUCGUACUGCCCCUACUCAAAGGCAGCCAAGGCGCUCCUCCACGAGUACGGCGCAACGUAUACAGCCUACGACGUGGACUUGCGGCCUGAUGCCCACCCUAUCCAGCCCCUAUUGUGGUAUCUCACGGGCCACCGAACCUAUCCCAAAGUCAUGACGGGCCAGAAACUACUUGGUGGGAACGAUCGCCUUCAAGAGCUACAUGAGCGAGGCCUUUUGCGGGGCAUCCUACAUGGUGCCGGAGCGUUAUAA